UCAUGCAAAAGUGCGAUCUCAGUUUUUGAAAAAAAUACAGUUCUAGCGCCAAAUUCACGUCAAAUUUUCAUUUGAAAAUAGGCCCGAAAUAGGUGAAAAGGGCACAAAUUAAGUAAAAUUCCUUUUGAACGUCCACGUCGGCGCUCCAGAGCGCUGGUGCGCCAAUAUUGAUUUACUCGGGCGUGUAUGUGCGAAGUGGUCGCAUUUCCAAAGUCACCCAAAUUUUGCAAAAAGCCAAAGUCAUGUAAUAAUGUAGUGCCGGUAAUCCAGCUACUAUUGUCCCGAAAAUGACUUCGACUGAAACAACCGAGAACCAAUUGACUCCUCAAACCCCAGUGCUAACUGUUGCAUGUCGUAUUCUGCGAUCACCAUCGCACGAAUCGGUGACCACGGACUUAUCCCUGUUCUCAGUGUCUUCAGUAGCGUCCGACGCACAAGUGGGGCGCCGCCUUCUUAGCUUCGGCAAGUGUGAUAGCCAAUUCGUCAGGGGGCACAGCCCCAACCCCGACAGCAGGCUCCAGGACAGGCCGGCCGACAUCCCUGAGAUCCUCUGGUUUGAGGAAGAGACUGAACUGAUACGAAGUUGUGCGGCCUUGUCGUCUGCAGUCGGCCUCCAGAAGAGCUUCAGCACUAGCGACAUAAGUCAAUUACCCUCGCCUGAAGAUGGCUCAAACGUGCCAGGACUCAGAAGUGCCGUCUCCGAACUCGCUCUCAACACUCUACAACGGUCAGGUUUCCUCCUGGAAAACGCCCGCCUGGACCACACGUCCAGAUCCUGCUCCACUUGGGUGGCAGUGGGCGACAUUGCUUCCACUUCGCAGCUGCCCUCACCCCACGGGGGGCAAAGCGCUGCGACUGCACAGCCCCAGACAGCAACGCCGCCGCCGCCACCGGUCUUCACAGCGGCGGAUUUUAUCCGCUCCGUCAAUAAAAAGGUGCGCCAGAACUACAUCAGGCGAAGACUUCUCACCACGUACAAGGCUCUCGAGCGGCUCUCGCAAAGCGAAUUUAAUUUAGAUAGGCUAGAAAUAACUCCAUCUACAGCAACGGCCAGUGUGAACACAGAGUGUGGACAAAACUCUGGGCCAGUCCGUCUAACAGUGCCAGGUUCGAGUCCGUCGGCCAAAGCCAAUCCUCCGCCUCCUAAUAGUACUAAUGCGGCGGUUCUACGAGCGGCGAAGCAAAGAGCUAGCAAAAACUUACCGCUGACAAUACGAGAUGUCGAGCGGGAAAGGGGGAAACCCCUCUCGAAGUACGAAAGAAAUAUGAUGAUUUUUAACUGGCUGCAUACGCUUGACGAUAAUGUCUUUGUUGAAGGUAUUCAGUAAAAUGUUUAAUAUGUUUCAUGGUGCUCUUGUAUCUCUGGGCAUUUUGUUUCAAUUAGCUAAACGGUGAGCUAAACGUACCCAAAAUAUUUAGACUUGAAUUGUUAUCAAUUUUGUAUAAUGCGAAUUAUUUGUAUAACAAGAAUUUUUUCUAUCGCGAAUAUGGAGUCUAUUCUCCGAGUACUUGUAUUUUUUCAAAGUGUUUUGAUUUAUUAUAGAAAUCUGAAUGUGCAAGUGACAUGCUGACGUUGGGUCUUUCGGUUAGUUUACGAAAUCUGAUACAUUUAGCACACCCGUAUUCAAAAGAGAUGUCACAUUUUGUGGAUCACUGUAUCAUAUCAAUAAAAUCCAUUUUGUUUUGUC